UAUGUGUCAGUUAUAGAAACCCACCAUGAAACAUGAAACCAACGCAUUCUGUUGUUUCAUGUCUUUAGGUUGGAAAUAUGGUUCAUUUUAUUUCCACUGCUGUUGUAAACACCAACAUAAUGAUUGGCCAAUCAAAUUGCCAUAAAACUGUUCCCUCCCACUUAAUAUGCAGAUUACAGUGAAUCCUUUCCUAAUGUGAUCUAAAUUACAACAGUCUCAAGUGUAAUAACCUGGAAAGGAUGAUUGUGGUUUAUUUACUGCUGAUGCUCAGAGUGGGGCGAUGCAAAGAUGAUAAAAACUUUGACACCAAGUCUUUUGAUUUGGGAAGUGAUGUGAGACUGACUUGUCCUCGCAAGUCCACGGGAAGCUUAUUUUGGAUCAAGCUCGUUUCUGGAGAAUAUCCUAAAGUCUUAGGUAAAACAUUUAGCUUAGAGAGUGAUCCUCGCAUUACAGCCACAGAAGAGCCCAGAACAUUUGUUCUGCAUAUUGCUAAAGCAAGGCUAAGUGAUACUGCAGUUUACUACUGUGUGAAAACACAUCAACAAAACUUCUCAUUUUUGAAAGGAGCGGACCUAAGAGUUGAAGGACCAGAACCUGAUCCCACUGCUGUCCCUCCAUCUGAUCCAGUCCGUCCAGGAGAUUCAGUGACUCUGCAGUGUUCAGCCCUCUCUGACUCUGAGAACAAGACGUGUCCGGAGGAACAAAGUGUGUUUUGUUUCAGAGCUGGAUCACAUCAAUGUGGCCCAGGUUUCAAUUAUACUCAAGGAAACAGUGUUGAAGAACAUGAAAAGAAUCCAGAAGGACUCUUGAUAAAGAAAUAUAUCUACAGCUUCUUUAAGAACGUCAGCUCUUAUGAUGGCGGAACUUAUUAUUGUGCUGUGGCCACAUGUGGGAAGAUAUUUUCUGGAAACGGAUCAAAACUGGACAUUGAAGCAGUCAACAUGCAGGACUCGCAGAAGGACCAUACAGUUCUCUGUCUGUUAGGUGCUGCGUUGGCUACAAGUUUGAUUGUUAUAGCAUUUCUCAUUUGUUCAAUCAAGAAGCUCAAGAAAAAAUCUUGUGGUUGUUGCAACACUGCUAUUGCACUGCAAACAAAUGGUGCAACAGCCAGUGGUCAUCAGCAAAGUCAGCAGACAGAUGAGGACUUGGUUUAUUCUGCAGCAAUCUUUACCAUAAGGAAAGCUAGCAAAGGAGGGACAAGGGAUGCAAAAACAGAGGAGGAAGAGAGCAUCUACUCAGACGUCAAGACUCAAGGGUUGGAUUAACACUCUAGACACUAAAUUUGCUACUAAACUGAUAAAUUCUUCUUUACUUUGAUACUGAAAAAAACAUGUAAUAGCCUAUAUUUCAUCUGAGGUUGUAUGUAUCUGUUUUGUAAAAGUAAAAUAAUAGCAUUUUUUUGCAAUAAACUGUGCUGCAUGGAUCCCAUAUCUAUAAACAUUUGUUUCAUUUUUACCAAAGUUUUUAACUCUGAGAAGAUUAUCUUAUCUACCCCUUUGUACAUCAUGAUCUUUCAAGUCUGUUAUCUUUCUCCAUUAGUCUACAUGGUAUGUGUCAAUGCUAUGCAAAGGUACUGUACUAACAGGAAUUGGUGAUUGUGUAUUGUUGCUUUCUUCUUAAUAAAUAAAUAAAUAUACUUUAUGAAGAACUACAAAACU